AAUGCCAGAAGCAGGGAUGAAAAAUUUAGUCUGGUUUCCCGCAGCUUCAACGCCGAUGAGCAGCAGUCGAAGAACUUCAAUCUAACUGAAUGGAUUGGCAUGGGGGAAAGCGGAUCUCACAACUUGGCUAAGCGGAAGCUUUGGAACUGGAUUUCUCUAAUGAUGGUUUUACUGUCUUUGCUUUUCCGACCAGCAUGUUGCCAGCAGUGUCGGAUCCAGCGCUGCAACUCUGAGUAUGUGGCCUCUACAUCGCCAUCCGGUGGCCUGCCUGACGAGGGCGGUGCGUCGCCUGACACCGUGGACUACUGCACGGCGCUGCGCGCCUACAACCUUUGCACGCGGCGGACGUCGCGCGGCUGCCACGGCGACCUCACGUACCACGCCGCCCUGCUGAGCAUCCGCGAGCUCUUCUCGCAGCACAACUGCUCGAGCGACGGGCCCACUUCGCCGGCCAAAGCUCCCAGCACUUCGCGGCCGCACGCCUCGCAGCUCUGCGACUAUGAGAGCCGCGCGCUGGCCCAGGGCGCGGGCGGCGCCAACGGGCAGCACAAGAAGUACGCCCACUGCGGCUUGUUCGGCGACCCGCACCUGCGCACCUUCCGCGACGAGUUCCAGACCUGCAAGGUGGAGGGCGCCUGGCCGCUUAUCGACAACCGCUACCUGUCCGUGCAGGUGACAAACGUGCCAGUGGUGCAGGGCUCCAGCGCCACGGCAACCAGCAAGAUAACGGUGAUAUUUAAGGCGUACCAUGGUUGUACGGAGCAGAAGGUCUACCAGGCCACAACAGAGGACCUUCCCUCAGCCUUCCAGGACGGCACACGUGGCAGUGGCCGGCCUGCCGGUGGCGAGUCGGGCAGCUUGUGGAUCUCUGAGCACAACGGCGGCCCCGGGGGGCGUCAGGUUCGGCUGCAGGCGCGCCACAUCGGCACGUCCAUCAUCGUGCGGCGCGUUGGCCGCUACCUGACCUUCGCCAUCCGCAUGCCCGAGGACACCCUGGGGCCGGCCGAGGAGAGCGGCGGCCUGCAGCUGUGUCUCCACGGCUGCCCGCGCAACGAGCUCAUCCAGGAGCACACGCUCCACCGCCAGCAGGGGCCGCCCAAGGGCCUGCCGCUGCCGCCCCAGCAGGCCUACAGUGUGGAGCGCGCCACCACCAAGUGUCGCGAGACGCUGCAGGUGGAGGACGUUUACUUCCAGUCGUGCGUCUUCGACCUGCUCACCACCGGCGACCCCGAGUUCUCCAUGGCCGCCUUCGGCGCACUGGAGGACCUCAAGGCGCUGCCGCCCAGCAGACUGAAGCAGAACCCUCCCAGGACGCUCGACGACGCGGCCAGCACCGGCAGCUCCGGCUCGGGUGCGCUGGGCUUGGCCACGGCCACCCAGGCCUCCACACACACCCUCCUCCUCCUACUGACUCUGUUGGCAGCGUUGCUGCACAUGUGAAAUGGACCAGGGAGGGUGAAAGGAGGAGGAGGACAAGAUGACGGCUUGAGGAUGGAAUGCUUUGAUAGAGUGGACGGCUCCGCUUUGGACCGGGACUCCCGUGCUGGGUUUAACCUUCACGUGGAUUCCUCUGUGAGCUGCAGCAGCAGCUGCCAUCUGGGAGGAGAGCUUGGGAAAGCAUUACAAUUCCUAAAGUUGGAGUGCAUGGACUGUUUUCAUUGCUACCAUCUGCCAACUUCCUGUGUGACUUGUAUACACUUAGAAAAAACAAAACAAACAAAAAACAAAGCAAAACACUAGCCUGAAUGUGAACAUAUAAUUGCUUCAUGGGUUCCUGGGAUUGUUAAGGCAGCUAUUCGGCUAUGCUUAACACACAAAGAAGUGUGUUGUUGAUUUGAUUUGAGGUCAAUAUGGACAGUUGGCAGAAUUGAAACACAAACGGUACACUUCACUAUAUUACCCUUCACCCCACAACUGUGGUACAGGCAAAUAAUCACACUAUACUUCAGAUUGUUAUUCUCUUCCAUUAUUGUCCCUAGUACAUUUCUAGACCUGUGUGCAAUAGUACAGAGUCAGUUGUUUUUUGGAAGAUUGUAAGGCACUUACUGGUACACAUUCUGAGCCCCAUAAGUAAAUAAAUGGCAUAUUUGUUGUGAAUAUUUUCGAUGGGAUCCAACAACUGUUAGGAAAUGCUACCUAUAAUCAGGCGCUCUGAGGUUGGUGAUGCUGAAGUAUGGAGAUCUUUCAUGUUUACCACAGAUGGAAAAAAAACACACUCCCUUUUCAAGCUGCGCUACUUCCUUCAUUGUUUUAAGGUAAAGAAAACAAAUUCUUUAUAUAAAUAAUAUAUUGAAAGAGUGUAUAUAUGUGUUUAUAAUGUGUACAUUUGUCUGUGUAUAGAUGAUUUAACUGUGACGUGUCUUACAUACAAUGUGAUCUAGUGCUUUUUUAAAAAUCCAUAUUAUAAGUGAACUAAUAUGUUUUACAUUGUAAUCCCUUCCAUAUUAAAGUGUUGGGCACACA